AUGGAUCCAAUUCCUGAACCGCUUCCUGACCAAAUAACUCCGAAACCACACGAGCUUCGUUUGAAUGUUUCGAGUUUUUAUCAAGAUCAAGAAGCCAGAAACUUGCUUCAAGCUGAAGAAGCAGCACGUACUUUUAAUGAAGAUGAUUCGGAUUACUACAUGCAAAAUGAACGGAUUUAUGAGGUAAUUUUUAAUUAUUUACAUAUAUUUAUGAUAUGUGCAAAAACAGAUGUUCAUUUUGCAAAAAGCAAUUAUAGUAUUAACUUUAUACUGAUUCGUUUCCGGAUUAUUAUGUAUAUGUUCAUAUACGUGAAAUAUGAAAAAAUAAAUGAAAAAAAGGGGAAGGAAGAUGAGAAUUAAUAAACACUGAAAGAAAAAUUUUCAGUGUGUUGUCGGAAGUUCGGUAUGCAGAAUGGCGCGAUCUUCAAUGCUUGCUUUAUCGCUGUUUUGUACAAUUGCGAUUGCAGUGGUUGUUGUUACCAUUGUUUUGUUGUGCACAUUCAUCACACUUGCCAGUCCAACUGAGGUUUGUUCAAAUCAAUUUUUUUAUUGAGCAAGGAUUGAUCUUUUGAUAAUGAAAAUUCUCAAAAUGAUACUAACAUGUGGGCAGUUAACAAAUUGGCUAAAUCAAAAUAUUUUUCUACAAAUUAUUGAAAACAAAUGUCGCUCACUGCUAAUGAAGGAAAGUUAAUUUCAAUAAAAAUGUUGUGAAGUUAAACAUUAUAAGGGUAGAUUUCCACCAGUUUCAGUCAGUUUCAAGAUAAGAGUGUUACAUUGUAUAGAUUUAUAAUCGUUUGUUUCUCCAAGUUGCAUUUCAUUCAAAAAGAUUUUUAUCAAUUCAAAAAUCAUCCAUUUCAAAUGUUCAAAAAAUCGUCAUCAAAUUAUGAUAUCAUAAUUCAACGGAAACUAUAUUACUUUGAACUUUGAGAUUUUCUUCUCGAAAGGUUUUUUGAUAAACAAAAAAUUCAAUAACAAUGGUUCGAUAAACUUAAAUAUAUGACGCAAAUGUUGGUCAACUUAAUUAAUUAAAACAGGAAGUUUUGAGGGGUAAAUUUAAUUUGUGACGAUAUUAGAUGAAUUGUUUUAAUAGUAUGGGAUAUUUUUAGAUAAACUUGCAAAUGUUUGAAAAAUAACCUUGACUGUCAUGAGCUGAACUGUUUCAGAGUUUAAAUAACUGCAGAACAAUUUAAUAUCGGUAGUUCUAACAGAAAGUAAUUUAUCGAAAAAGUUCUUCGUGUUGUUAGAACCCAAUAAAUGAAUAAUUAAUUUUGUUUUUAUAUGACGUAAUAGAUAAAUUUUGAGCAACUCCCUUAAACAUAGACAUAUUUUCUAGGAAAUAUCAAAAAUCAUAAAUCUAAAUAUUUCCGAAUAAUGAUUAUUGACUGCGAUUAUCUUUUCAGAACACUUUUUUUCCUCUUUCCUAUUAUAAAAAAAGAACAAUGAUGAUUAAAGGUACAAUGUAUGCAUUACAUUUCUAUUUACAGCUUCCCGAUGAUAUUUCAAAUGAGGACGUUGUUGGUGUUAUCAAUUGGCUCCAUUACCCAAUCGGUGACCUGGCACUUCGCCGUAUCAACCAUACAAAAAUGACGUAA